CUGUGUCGCACAGUCUUCUGAGCUGCAGUCAGUCACUAUGGAGAAGUCCAAGAUAUUUCUCCUCUCAGCAAAAAACACUAACCAUGUAGCAGUACAUGCUUGGAGCAUUGCUGUGGCUGUCAUCAGUCAGGUAAUUUCAGAGAUCUUCUUUGUUCUGGCAAAGGACAGAAAUGUGCCCAAUGCUCUGUUUCAGACCUCAUCCAGGAGUGUGUAUGAGUCCUUUUCUCUGGAAGUGACUAUGGACUGGUGGUCAGAAAAUUACUGGGUUAUGAUUGACUUGUGGUCAAAGGCUUGGCUUGUGGAGGCAGUGGUUGGCCUUUCUAAAAGAAAUGUCCUUGGUCCUCAGUCUUGCAAUCCAGAAAUUCACCCUCCAGUAUUUUAUCUUAUGUGGACCAUCAUUAACAUUGCAAGAAUAUCCAGCAUGCCUCUAUGGGAGAGCCACAUUCUAUUUGGAGCUGUCUUACUCAGAUGGCUUCUACCAGUCCUCAGCUUCUACAUGCUCUUCAUUUCCUACCGUAACCUCAACAAGCACAAAGCCUGGCUAGCCAUCAACAACCCUAGUGUGAUCCCAUGGACACGGUAUCUGACCCAGAAUGGCUUGGCAGUGUUUGCCUGGUGGACCCUCUUGAAUGCUGUGAUGGAUCUUGGCAUAGUGCUCAAGUACAGAGCUGGUCUGCCUGACCCACAGGUCAGCACCAUCAUGCUCACCAUAGUCACCUUGUGCACUAUAAUCUGGUUCAUCCUGCAGAACGUCCUAUUAAUCAAGUGCAUGCGCUAUACAUUCAGCGUUUACGCCAUUCUCAUUCUGGGCGUGGGGGCAAUGUUCACCAGAAGCUAUCGUGUCCACAACUUCACUACAAACGCAAUCUACUGUGGGUUUCUUAUGCUCCUGAUGACCAUCAUGAGUAUGAUCCAUUUGGUCUCAGCAUGCUUGUGCACGGAUAAGACAAACAAACCUCUUGCAGUGCAGCCUCAUUGGAAAUUAGCGGACUGUAAGACCGUGUGCCAACCAGAGGGAAAGAUCAAGCAAAAACAUCAAAACUGAAAUCACCACAAAAGAUUUCUGCAAAAUCUGGGUUCAUCUGAUCAAAAACAAAUUAAAUAAAUCAAUUUAUGUAUCAAACAUGUGGAAACAUAUUCCUGAGUCACAACAUCUGACCAUUUAUCCAUUGGUCUAACUUAAAUGUGAGAAUAGUGGUUAUUUGCAAUUGUGCACUUUACAUUAAUUACCAAAGGGGGGCAGCAAAUACUCACUUCACACUAAGAAUGUGUCAUGACAAAGAAAGCUCUGCUGCACCAGAAGAUGGCACAGUGGUUCAAGCUUUUAUAUGGAAAAUCCAACCUGAAAACAAUUUUAUAUGGAAAAUAUCUCAAAUUAAAUUAUUGAGAAGAUGCUUCACAACUGAAUUUCAUUAAUAAAAAAGAAUUCAAAACUAACUAUUCACCCUGGUUCAUACUAUUGUGCGAUUCUGAGAUUAAAUUUGAUCUCUGUUCUUCAAAAACAGAAAAACCUAAUGCACAUUUGAACUCUUGACAUAAGCUGUACCAGGAUAAGGUUACAGAAAUCAACAAAUAUUAUAGCUAGGGUCUUAACUCAAAAUAAUAACAUUUUCUUGACAUUGGUGGAUAAAAAAGUUCUUUGAAAGCCUCUAUACCUUCUCCCACUCCCUCUCUGUCUGUGACAUGAUGCUGCAGAGAUUAUCACACAUGCUCCUAGUUUAUAAGUGCCCUCUUUCUUGAUGCGGCUUAAAGAAUGGAAUAUCAAACAUGCCCAAUGGCUGUGGGGAAGAGCAGCACGACCUUUGAUGAGGACGCUGAGCUGAAUAGAACCGAACAUCAGAUGAAAGCAACAGAGAAAUAAAAAAAAUGAAAAAAGACAAUGGGGGUGCAAUGAAUGUGUCCAUGGAUGGACAUGCUGACCACACAGCUGAGCAAAUUGGUCUCCAUAUGUAGCACAGUUUUGUUUGGUGGGACAAAUAAAGAAAUUAAAUGCUAAAUGGUUGCUGGUUUG